AUGGCUUGUGCUGACCAUGCUAUCCUUCUACCAUGCUUCGUGUUGAAUUGUGGAACGAGCAGUGGACCAUUGAAGGUCCUCACGGAUGAAAGGGUCGAAGAGCUCAUCACUACAGGCCAAGGGCCAGGUAAAAUUGACACCUUUGAUAGGCAUAUGAACGACAUUGUCAAAAAACCCUCAACUCAAAUUGACUUUCGGACUUGGAUAAUCAAGCGUAAUGGAGCUCAAGAUGUAGAAAUACGAGGCGAUAGUAAUUAUGCCGAAAGAGACUUCAUUGAUCAUCUUUUGGCUUGGCAUAAAGACAAAUGGAUGAAAAAAGCGAACGAGAAGAAAAAAUAUCCUUCGGCCGAAAAGAUUAAAAAAACACUUAACAAAUAUCCGUUCAGCUUGAGUGAGACAAGCAAGGUUGAACAUAUUCCCGAACCCUUCAUUCCGUACGAUUCAUACCUCAAAAAUAUUCUAAUGACUCCGGGUGAAUUCAUCGAACGUUAUUUACCUCGACACGAUGCUUACCGAUCUCGAUUUUGGGCUAGAAUCCAGCAAGAGUUUCCUGAUUCGGAGUACAACUAUGCUUCGGAAUCCCUUGUACCGAAAGCAUAUUGGACUUCGGAUAUCUUUACCCGAUAUGAAAAGUUUGCUUUAGAGGAAUUAAACCAGUGGACAGAGAAGAUACCAAGAUUUGAUUUCAUUGAUCGAUAUGUGCCAGAUAUCAAAGGGCUUCGACUAGAAUUUGAAGCUUAUCUCAACUCAAUACCGAAAUUCUUGAACCCUGAAACUCGGAUGCGUGCUAAGGAAUAUAUGCCUGCAUACCUCGCGUGGGCAAAGAAAGUACACAUGCACACGGAAAGAUUCUUUAGUUACGGGCAAGGUGAAUACAGGCUCAAGGAACCGUUCAUCAAGUAUCUUUACAAGAAAGGUGCUACACGUGGUUUAUCACCUCAAGAUACUUAUUUCCAUGGUGAUAUUCAUGCGGAAUACUCAGCUUUUCUUUACGAAAGGAAACAUGCCAAUUUUGCUAAGAAGAUGUUAUAUAAAUUUCAAGAAUGGAAAUAUAAUCUUCAUCUUGGUUGGACUGCUUUUAAAAAUAGUUUUUCAAAUUUGGAUGGAUGGGAUAAAUUCUUUUUAGGAAUGGGUGCUGCUGAGUUAGGAGAUAUCUUUGUGAGACUUUUCGCCGGUUGA